AGGAAGCAGUUCGAUAAACAAGAAGACAAGAAGACAAGAAGAGAUUGUUCAGUUGGAACAGUGCUAAUAUAGAGGUGGAAUUUUAGCUGGAGACUCGCGAAUCAGUGUUGAAGAUGUAUCGUUUAGGUAGUUCACUCAGACAAGCGUUGAAGAUUGGAAACGCCAACUAUAACAAGAGAUUUUUUUCGUCGAGCAUAGGAUUGAGAAAGUUCAAUCUUGAAUUAGAGACCGAGAUUCGAGGCAUACUUGAUUCAUUUCCAUCGGCAUCUAAAUUGUACCAAAAUCCUGAUGGAAGUCCCCGAACACUAGAAGAGGAAGAAUUGAAGAAACUAGGGAAACUUUCGGAGUUGAUCAGUAAAAGAGACUUGAAAUUUGUGGAUGAAUGGUUGUUAAGCUCCAAAGAAUCGAGUUUGUUCUACAGUAAUUGUCAAGACUUAGCAGGAUUGGUUCCCUCGUACGAUCCAGAAUCCAGUGGGAAAAUCAUAGAUAAAAUUCCAUAUGAAGAUCCAGUUUCUAAAGAAGUUAAAUGGAAAAUUGUGAGAGAAAAGAACCAAGAAGGAUGGGAGUUCCCCUCGUAUUACGUUUUUACGCCAUUGGCACUAUCGUUGCUAUUGGUCAUGUACUUUAAACAGGAUGAAGGUAUUGAGACAUGGGCAAAGAAUGAAUUGAGAUUGAGAGCCCAAGAAGCACACGAGGGAUCGACAGCAAAGGCAAUAGAGUCGCUUAGAGAUGACAACAAAACCCCAGAGGAAAUAAAAGAAAGAGAUGCCCUCAUUGUGGAAAGAAUCAUAGCUGGGGACUACGACAAAUUGGCAGGCUUGAAGAUCAAGGCCAACACACUUGUCGAUAUCAAGGACAUAACAAACUGAUACGACUAGUCGUAUUCAAAGAAUAUAUUCCUGUGAUUUUCUAUAACUAUGUACUCAAUACACGUCUUACAACACACCACAGCAUAAACUCCCAAGCUUCAAUUCCUAGCCAUCCAGCAAAAGCUACAAAAGCUGCACAAACAACAAAAAUGCAAAAAGAUUGAUUUUGCCCAGGAUCGAACUGGGGACGUUCUGCGUGUUAAGCAGAUGCCAUAACCGACUA